AUGGCAUUUUACCAGAAAAGACGUAACUUUAAUCGCUCUAGAUUCUAUGCCAAGAAAAGGUCUUUUUAUCGCCGUAGGAGGUUGUUUUAUCGUAGGAAACGUGCUCCAUAUCAAGACCCAGAUUUCGCCUUAUUUGUCUUUGAUGAAGUCAAAAUUAGGCAUGUCACCCUAGUUUACUGGUUGACGUAUCAACAGCCUACGAUUACAUCUACUUAUGAUCCUGAUGCUCAAGGCCGUACUAUGACUGUGGACAAUCAAAAUGCCCGUCCUAAUACCAGAGAGAAGUUGUUACACUAUGGCCGCAAGUAUACUUUAAAGAUGUAUCCGAAGUUCCAGCCGAAGUUGUCUUCUGCUAAGUCUGUUGCUAUUGGGGGUAAAGCUAUAUCCCCAUGGAUUGAUUCGGCUUAUUUCACCUAUGGUGCUUCUCCUGCUUCAUCAAUGAAUGGUAUCAUUUACACCAUUCAAGGGUCACCUAAUACCUUUGUAGAAGGAUUUUAUAGUGUUGGAUUAUCGUGGAAAGGAAGAAGAGAUGGUCAAGUCUAUUCUGCUCAAGCAUCUACCUCUUUAUCAGAUCAAUUUGAAGUUCUAGAUGGUUAUGAUACUGUGAAUUAG